AUGUAGAAAUAUGAUCAGUCCCCAUUAUCAACGCUGUAGAGUUUUGGAGACAUAUCACCAGUGCCUGAAGAAGAGGAAACUGAAAUUAAGACUAUAUUUACAUCACCAUUAACAACCAACAAUUCAAGAAGAGCAUGCUCCCUUUAAACUACAUAAAGAAUACGGAAAACAUCUGAGGUUCUAUUGUUAACUGAGAAGCUUUAUUCAUGGAAUUCUUAUCUGACUAAAAAGUUUGCCUAAGAUCAAACAAAAAAUUUUGAAUGA